AUGGUGGUGGUAGUGGUGGUUGGUUGUGGAGAUGGUGGUGGAUGUGGAGGUGGAGGAGGUGGUGGAGGAGAUGGUGGUUGUUGUGGUGGUAGUGGUGGUGGCAGCGGUGGUUUUGGAGGCAGUGAAUGUGAUGGUGCAAGUGGUGGAGUUGGAUGUGGAAGUGGAGGUGGUGUCAUUGUUUAA